UGGGCUCAUAUGUGACACUGCUUAACCACAUAAUCAACAAAUCAAUCCUUUUUUUUUCUUUUUUUUAAAAGGAAAUCAAUCAUUUAUAAAGCACUGAACUUUAUAUAUAUUGCCCACUGACAAUUUUUAGAAGUUUAUAUAUAUUUAUAAAGUGGUUUUGGUUGAAAAAGACAAUUUACAACGGGACUAUACUACUAAUACCGAAUCCCCGGCCAACCUAUCAUCAUAACAGCUAAUCCUGAACAGCUAAUCCACCUUUUACUUUUCUUAUAUAAACUCGUUCAACUGACAUGGAUUCUAUUCUUCCAUAUACUUCUGUGCAUAUUUUAGGGAACCAAUCAUCAAAUUGUUGAUGGCUCCUCUCGGUGUUUCAGGUUUAGUCGGGAAACUUUCAACUGAAUUGGAGGUCGAUUGCGAUGCUGAAAAAUAUUAUAACAUGUAUAAGCACGGAGAAGAUGUAAAAAAGGCAGUUCCUCAUCUUUGCGUUGACGUCAAAAUUAUCAGUGGAGAUCCGACCAGUUCAGGUUGUAUCAAGGAAUGGAAUGUUAACAUUGAUGGUAAGACGAUUCGCUCGGUAGAGGAAACCACACACGAUGAUGAAACGAAAACGUUACGUCACCGUGUAUUUGAAGGAGACGUGAUGAAGGAUUUCAAGAAGUUUGAUACGAUAAUGGUAGUCAAUCCAAAGCCGGAUGGAAAUGGAUGUGUUGUGACAAGGUCAAUUGAGUAUGAAAAAACCAACGAGAAUUCUCCAACUCCCUUUGAUUAUCUACAAUUCGGCCAUCAGGCCAUUGAGGACAUGAACAAGUACUUACGCGAUUCUGAAAGUAACUGAUUGAUGCCAUUUAUACAUGAACCCAUUCGGUGUUGGUGUACGUGUACCUAUGCACGUACAUAUUUUAUAUUUAUCAGUUGCAACUUGUGUGUAUUUUAUCGUUUCAGUGACUCCAAUAUUGUGUCAGUGACCCGGUGUAUGGGUGUGAUUGUGUAUGGGAGUGAUUUGAUUUCUCACGUCGAUAUAUAACAUAUAAAUAAAAUAUGUAUGUUUCUAUUGGAAUAAAUAAAGUUGGGGCAAGUCGUUUCAAAAA